AUGAUUGAUGAUCCAAAGGAUGUUGCACAUAUAUUUGCAACCCAUCUUCAGAAUCUGUUUACUUCUUCCAAUCCACUGGAUGCUAGUUUUGUGGAGUGCCUUUUCCCACCUAUGUUUCAAGCUGGUGAAUCUGAUUAUCUCUGUACCACCCCUUCAUUGGAUGAGAUUAAAAAGGUAGUGUUUUCACUCGGUCCCUUGAAAGCUCCAGGUAUGGAUGGGUUUAAUGUUGGCUUCAUCCAAAAGUUCUGGGAACUGGUCCACCCUGAUGUUUUCAGAAUGGUUGAGGAAUUUUUUAUAUCUGACUUCAUCCCCUCUGACAUGAAUCAUACCCUUAUUUGCCUUAUCCCUAAGAUGGCUAAGUCUUCUUCUGCUGCUUUUAUUCCAGGUAGACAAAUCGUUGAUAACAUUCUCUUAGCACAGGAAAUUUUUCACUUCUUUAAGCAUACCAAAGUCUUGUCUCGUUUGCUUUCUGCUUAUUGGGAUCUUGAUUUGUUUCGUGGUGUUCGACUAUCGCGUUCUGGACCUGAAAUCUCUCACCUUCUUUUUGCUGAUGAUAUUUUCAUAUUUUGUCGGGCAAACCAGGAGGAUUUGCUUUCCAUCAAAGCUAUUCUUGAUCUCUUCUUUGAUCUCUCUGGACAAGAGACUAAUUAUGCCAAGAGUUGGAUGCACUUCAGUAAAAACGUUCCUGUCGCUACCAGAUCUUUUUUAUCCUCGGUGAUUGGGAUUAAGGAAAUGUCUAGGGAAUCUCUGUACUUGGGAACUAACCUGUUUCAUGGGAAAUCUAAAUCUAGAGAGCUGGAGACUUUGAUUUCGCGCAUGCAAGGUAAACUGGCAUCUUGGAAAACAAAAUCGUUAUCAUUUGCUGAGAGGGGUGUUCUUAUUAAAUCUGUGUUGGCUUCUUCCCCUGCUUUUCUGAUGCAAUGUUUUCGAUUCCCUGCUCAAGUCUGUCGUAAAAUUGAUUCGAUCUGUCUUCAGUUUUGGUUGGGCAAUUGUGGGGCCAGGAAAAAAUCUUCUUUAAUUUCUUGGGAUAAGAUGUGUAGACCUAAAGCUUCUGGGGGGUUGGGAUUUAGGAAGUCUGAACAUCAUAACCAGGCUUUGCUUUUAAAAUUGGGAUGGCGGUUAAUAACUGAACCAACUUCCUUAUGGGCUAAGGUUUUAAAGGCCAAGUAUUUUCCCAAGACCAGUUUUUUUGAUUCUCAAACUAAAGGAUUCAGUUCACCUGGACUGAUUGAGGCCGGAUGGGCCUAUCUCUUUUUGGUUGAUGGCAAGUUUAGGUUUUUUAAUGCAGGAAAGCUGCUAGUUAUGGACGACUUGGUCUCCUGUAUUUUUGCGAUCCGUAAGGGUCUGGACCAUACUGCCAGUAUUGGGUUGCAGAUUAAGGAAAUUUGGUUUAGCAGUCACAACUUUAGUGCAGUUGUUGCCAAAAACUUGGCACUGGACGUUUGUACUGACCACCACGUUUCUCCUUAA